GUGAACAGAAAGCGUCUCUGGUGUUUUCCUGAUAUGUCUGAUGUCAGUCGAGUUUUUGUGGUGCUGAUUCUCAUUUCAUGUUCAUGCCGCUGACCUCCUUUCAUGCUUGUAACUUGUGUGCAUUACUUCAAAGCAACUCUCACAUUUUCACCCACUUUAAGAGUGGAACCCGUCUAGGUAUCUCUGCCAGACUUCAAGAGCUUUAACUAACACAACGAGCGAGCGAGGAAGACUUACUAUUUUUGGUCUGAAGGAGGUUUAUUAUUCAAGACCCACGCUGUGCCCAGCUAGGCAUGGAUCGACUGUGCAGUAGAAUCGUUGUUCUUUUACUCACUGGAGUGUUGAUCACCAGUACAAGUCCAGAGGAACUCGAAGUCUAUUUGGAACCAAAGUACAUUGAAGUCUAUGAAGGAGACUCAGUCACGAUCAACUGCACUUUUCAGCCCGGUGAAAAUUAUAAACUGAGGUGGUACUACAGUCCGACUGAUUUAGACUGUAACUCUGGAACAGAAGGAUUACAUGAAAAAAGUUUUAAUAAUACAGAAAAUAAAGACACUUGGUCAAUAUUCACCAUUAAUUCCAUCAAAACCAGUGAGAGUGGAUGGUACUUCUGCAAGGUUAUAAAAGAUAUUCCUGUUCUCUUAGAAAAAUGCAGUAAUGGAGCACAAGUUCUGGUCGAUGCCAACAGCACCCAGGAAUAUCCAAAACAGCCACAGAUGCAGAAUCCAACUACACAAGAUUACCCCACAACUUGCUUGAUCAGUGCCACAACAAUCCUCACAACAUCCUCCUCACCACCGUCCAGCAUUGGUCAGUGGUGGAUAUGGCUAGCGUCGGCAGCUGGAUGCGUAGUACUAGUUGUGUCCAUUGUUGUCAUAUGUAUCGUGACUCGCAAACCGAAAGAGAACAUCUAUAUGAACACCAAACCAGUGGAAUCGAGCUGCUGGAGGCAAAACCGUACUAAGAGGGACAUCUGCGACCUGCCUGAGUCCAAAAAGACUGACACCAUUAAACCACUGAGGAAGUACGACACUCUUUCAAGCAACAGAAUCCGCAGGCCAUAAGUAUUCCAUAUGAAAGAAUUAUCCCCUGAAAACACAUUAAAUAUCUUAUAUUACAUGCCUUACCAUGGACAUAUAUUUAAUUUUGUACUGUAGCAUUUCCCAAGAUGGGAAGAUGUAAAUAUAAAGCUGAUUUUUUUUUUUUUCAGAAAGAGAUAGCCUACAUGAGAAAAGCUGAUUUUUUCUUUCCUUUCAAGACUUACAUUCAGUGGUUACAAAAAUAAUUAGAAAACAUCAAAAAGAAAAAUCUGCCACACCCCUUUUCCACUCACAAUUAAUAUAGCAUAUUACUCUGACAGCAAAAACAGGUCUAUGGUAUUUCAGAACCAAAAUAAAGAUUAAUCGAUCAUGAUUAGAUAACAAACCACAUAGCCUACUGUGACAGUGGCACAUGAGAGAAGAAAAUAAGGAACUGAGAUGUUUCAUACUUAUGAAUCAUUAAUUCUUAUGUAGUCACUAGAGGAACUGAGAAUUUUCUUUGAACACCAGUUUCCACAUAACUCAUGUCAGUCAGUGACCUAAUUAGGUUAGAUGCCAUAUUGAAUUAAACACGUGAAAAACGCGGCUGUGAAGGACCGACUUACAGUCUUUACAAUGGCACACACUGUAUAUUUCAAAACUCAUAACUUAAAACACUGUUCUAUGGUGUUUUUGUCUACUGAAGCUUUUUGAACAACGAUGUUGUUAAACAACAGUACAAUCCACUGUACUUCUAUCCCUCACAGCCUCAUUUCAUUCGGGCCAGAAAUGAAAUACUCGACGUUGCGACCAUAGACUGUAUAAAAACGGUUGCGACACACGACAGUUAUAGCCUACCUCAGAUCUUGAAAAUAACUUAACGGAAACAAGGACUUUCAAACUGUGAACUCUGUGUGCACAAACAAGUGCUUUCCAUGACAAAGAAUGUGUUAGUAGCUGAAUAUGUAAUUUGAACAUUGAUAAAAAUGUUUAUUUUAUAAGCCUACUUACCGAUUUCUGUUCGAUUGUGAGACAGUAGCGUACUAGUGUUUUUUCUGAGAGAAGAUAGAGCCCGCCCACACGCUCACGCGCUCUUCUGAUUGGCUGAACUUUAUGAUUGCUUUUGUUACAUUUCGAAUGUUAUGUUUUGUUUUUUUAAAGAAAUUAAUACUUUUAUUCAUUAAGAAAUAAAACAGUUAUUCAGUAAAGACUUUUACACUUUGACAUUGGUAAUAAUAAUAAAUGUUUCUUGAGCAUCAAAUUAGCAUAUCAGAAUGAUUUCUGAAGGAUCAUGUGAGUGAUUAUGCUGAACAUUCAGCUUUGUCAUCACUGGAAUGAUUUACAAAUGAAAAUACAAAUCAGUAAAGUGUAAUAACAUGUAACAAUAUUACUGCUUUUUACUGUAUUUUUCAAAUAAAUAAAAACAUUUAAAAAAUC